AUGAAUUCCAAAAUGAAACAAAGCACAGAAAAAUCAUCAGGAUCUCUGCAGAAGUACCUCACAGACACCACAUGUCGUGCUGCCCCAAGACGGACUCUUAAAAUGAUUCAGCCUUCAGCAGCAGGUUGCCUGGUUGGCAGACGUAAUGAGAAGAAAUCUUCAGUCAGAAGGAAACUCUGGAAUAACAAGUUCACCUCAAAAGCUUGUAAAGCUGAGGUGUCUGCAGACAAGGAGCAAGAAAAUGAGAAUCUGAAUGAUGUCGUUCAAGCUGUAGAUCUCAUGAUAAAAGGAAGUCCUUCAUCUCAAUAUUGGAAAGAAGUGGCUGAAGAAAGGAGGAAGGCUCUGUAUGAAGUGCUUCAAGAAAAUGAAAAGUUGCACAAAGAAAUCGAACAGAAAGAUGGUGAAAUUGCCCGCCUGAAAGAAGAAAAUGAAGAGCUCAUGUCCCUUGCUGAACAUGUGCAUUAUAUGACCAGCAUGAUUGAGGGGCUAACUGGGCAAGCACCUGACAGUCUUGAGACACUGAAGAGUCUGGCUCUAGAGGAAUCCAGACAAGAAAAUGAAGAGCUUAACUGUGGAGAUGAUGCAGACAGCACUUCUGAAGAAGGCCCAUCACAAGUAUCAUGUGGCUUAGGGGAGAGUGUAUCAGAUCUUGCUUCAAAGGAAGCAAAUAAUUUGCAACUGGAAUGACAACCUUUUAAAUGGGCUUAUGUCUGUGGCUUUUAAUUGCAGACUUCCUCUUGAAAGGAUAUACUAAAACUUCUCAGGUAUAGAAACUUGUGGAAGUGUUACAGAUGUUUUUUAACUGGAAUUAUGUAGCAGUGGGGGUAUCUGGAUACUGUGUAGAAAACUUAC